AUGCGUCAGUCACUUAUUGUAGCUCUAGCAUGGUCCAACUGGGCCACCGCCAGUGCUAAUGUCCACACAUUGCCCGUGCAACGCGACGUACCUGCAGUGGUUGGCAUGGAUCUCUAUGGCCGUGAAGUAUCUAGGCCACUGAUGAAAAGAGAUACUGCCACUCUAGGGACAGGCAUGUUCAAUCAUAUAUCCAAUACUGUCAAUGUCUCAAUUGGCACACCACCACAGUAUGUGGGCAUGAUGGUCGACUUCCUGACUGCCACUUUCGAUGUCUUUUACGAGGACACGCGUGUGACAAAUUCGGAAUGUCGGGAGAUUCGCUAUUGCUCCUUAUAUGGAUCAUACAAUGUCACCAAAUCGUCCAGCAAUGUGACCAAAGAAAUCCCAAAUCGAUGGGGAGAUCCCUACGAGGUAUUCACUGACACUGUCACUAUUGGAGGGACAAAAGUCAAGGAUGUCGAAUUACGCCGUUUGACUGUCGAAUAUGGCAACUACAACUCGAUAGGACUAUCUCCAAGCAACGAGUCAUUCCCCUAUCAGCUAGUCGACCGGGGCUUGAUCCGAUCUCCCUCAUUCAGUCUAUGGGGCAAUUCAUCCGAAGGAGGCGCAGGACUCCUUUUCGGCGGAAUCAACAAAGCCAAAUAUCACGGCCCGUUACAGGCAUACAGCUUUAACAAGACAUGGGGAAGCGUAUCCCUCCCUCUCUCGAAAUUCCAACUCCAAACAGAAUCAAAAACACCCACAAAUUACACCUUAUCCAGCUCCAAGCCAUACAUGCUAAGCGCUCAAUACAUCACCACGACUCUCCCCAAGGACGCAGUCCUACGCAUGUACAAGGACUACAACAUCUCCUAUGUCGGCUGGAGCGACGACGACGACCCCCAAUUCGGUUUACUCCCCUGUUCCCGACAAUACACGGAAACCCGCACUGUUUCUCUAUUCUUCGGCAGCGCCACGAUCUCCGCAAACUGGAGCGACCUGUUUAUGCCGUGGGGCUCUGCCGGCUCGGAGCGCUGCUCGUUCCUCAUUCAACCGGAAGACGAUUUGAACUCUAGCUACGCCGGGAGAAUCGGGACUAAAUUUUCAGAGCGCAUGUAUAUGACCAUCAACUACAAUAAUGGGUUUGUUGGGGUUGCUGCGUUGAAUGAGAAUCCCGGGGCGGACGAUAUUGUGGAGAUUGGAGAUGGUCCUGAGAUACCGGAUGCGGUGGGUGAUUUCCCGACGUCUAUCGUGCCUUAUAAGAAGCCGAAACCAACAGUGUCGAUGUCGACGUCGACGUCCACGGGACUGGCGAGUAUGCCGACUUAUAUGCCAGGCGGUAUGUUUGUUGGUGUUGCAGGGGCUGCGUUGGUAGCGGCGCUGUAA